UGUUUCAAAAAUAAUUUUUUAGAACUGUUUUUGAAAAGUUACCAAAUAGAUCUUCAAUUGAAAUCCUAUUUAAUUUCAAAAAACAAUAUUGAAAGAAUAAUCUAAUGUAUGGGUACUUUGUCUGUUUCCAAACAGCCCUUACAAGUUCGUAGUGGGAAAUAGUGGGAAUCACAACUUGGCGGGAAGCAACGACCACUCUCUACGAUGAAACCUUCGGCGAUUGAGGCGGCAAUUCGAAUAAGCCGAGCUCUAAUCGCAGCUUCAAACCAGUCGAGACCCACUCGAUCAUGGAGCCCUUCACUGGAGCAGACUCUACAUCGACUCGGGUGCCACGAAUUGCUGAGUCCCUCACUCGUCGCCCGAGUCAUCGACCCCUUCCUCCUUCACCAUCAUUCACUCGCUCUCGGUUUCUUCUAUUGGGCUUCUCAGAAACCAGGGUUUGCUCACACUUCCAUCAGCUAUCAAUCAGUCCUUAAGUCUCUCUCCAUUUCCCGCCAAUUCAAUGCGGUUGAAAGGCUCUUGAAAGAUGUGAAAGCCCAGAAAAUUGUGCUUGAUUCUUCGGUUUAUCGAUCAGUGAUUGCCUCACAUAUUAUAGGGAAGAGAACCCAGAAUGCUUUCUUGAUAUUUAAUGAAGUUAGCGCGCUUAGUCGCGAGAUUGGACCAGAUACGUGCAACUCCCUUGUUGCUGCUCUUGCAUCUGAUGGGUGUGUUGUUUAUGCCCAAAGAGUGUUUGAUGAAAUGAUUCAUCACGGUGUCCCUUUGAAUUCUCUUGGAUUUGGUGUUUUCAUAUGGAGGUUUUGUAGAAAUGCUGAGUUGGGUACUACUUUAAGUCUGUUAGACGAGGUUAUAAAGCAUGCUUCCGAAAUUAACGGGUCCAUUAUUGCACUUUUAAUCAUUCACGGGCUUUGUCAGGUCUCCAGGGUGUCAGAAGCUUUUGAGUUACUGGAGGAGUUAAGGAGCAGGGAAUAUAAACCUGAUUUUAUGGCGUAUCGGAUUGUUACUGAGGCAUUUAGAUUGAAGGGAAGUUUGGCUGAAGUAGAGAAGGUCUUGAAGAAGAAGAGAAAGCUUGGGGUAGCUCCAAGGGAGAAUGAUUAUAGGGAGUUUAUCUUUGUUUUGAUUUCAGAGAGACGGAUACCUGAAGCAAAGGAAUUGGGUGAAGUGAUUAUAAAUGGGAAUUUCCCAAUUGGGAAUGAUGUUCUUAAUGCAUUGGUAGGAUCUGUUUCAUCUAUUGAUCCUGGUUCUGCAAUGUUGUUUUUCAAGUUCAUGAUUUCAAAAGAAAGUUUUCCAACUCUGCUAACUUUGAGCAAUUUGGGUAGAAAUCUUUGUAAGCGUGGAAAAGCCGAUGAAUUACUGGAGGUUUUUCAUAUUUUGUCUUCUAGAAACUACUUCUCAGAUUUGGAGACUUACAGUGUGAUGGUUUCAUUCUUGUGCAAGGCUGGGAGAGUGAGAGAAGCUUAUGGGGUUCUUCAGGAGAUGAAGAAGAAUGGGCUGGAUCCAGAUAUCUCAUCCUAUAAUUGUCUAAUGGAAGCAUGCUGUAGAGAGGAUCUAUUGCGCCCUGCAAAAAGGCUUUGGGAUGAGAUGUUUGCAAGUGGAUAUGGUGUAAAUUUGAAGACUUACAACAUCCUUAUCCAAAAGUUCUCAGAAAUAGGCCAAAUUCAAGAGGCUCAGUGGCUCUUUCAACAUAUGUUGGAGAAAGGAGUAAACCCUGAUGCUACAACCUACACAUCCCUGCUUGAGGGGCUUUGUCAGGAGAAGAAAUUUGAAUCUGCUUUUGAAGUUUUCAAGAAGUCUGUUGAACAGGAUGUAAUGCUUGCGCAAACAAUAUUAAAUACAUUUAUUCUUUACAUCUGCAAAGAAGGUAAUUUUCUUUUUGCUUCCAAGUUGCUCUGUGGUCUCACUUAUGAUGUAGGACAUUCAGACUCCCAUGUGAUUUUCCUGAAAUAUUUAGCUGAUGCUAGUGAGAUUUCAACUGCCAUUGAACAUAUAAAAUGGGUUGGAGAUACCUUGCCUUCAAUGUUGCCAACAAUAUCUACAGAGCUUUUUGCAUUGCUUGCUUCUUCUUCAAAACCAGAGCCAAUCCUACAAAUGCUUCUAGCAAUGCAGGAGAAGUCUCCACUUCCUUACAAUGAUAGUUGGAAAGAACUUAGCAACCAAUUGUUCACUGGCCAUAGUUUGGGAACAAAUUGAAGGUUGUGUCUUACUUUUAACCAUAAAUAUUGGCUCCUAAGUAUGGUGAUAAGGGGUCAACAAAUCCAGGUUUACAGCAGGUAAUUUGCUCUUCCCCAUUUAUGAAUUGAGUAGGGUAUUCCAUGUGUAUACACAAAAAAAAAAAUAAAUAAAUAAAUAAUAAAAUAAAAUAAUAAAAAAACAACUGAUUCAUAUUCAUAAAACACCAUUCUAUGGGUUUCUAUCUGCAACUAUGUGAACUUAUACUCCUAAAGUUUAUAUACUCUGUCCCUUCGCUUUGUACAGCACUGUUUCCAAUAAAUGCCUGCAAUCAAAUUUUUUUGCAAUUUUUUUUAUUCUACUUCUGUUUUACUGCUCUCUGAGUUUAUAUUAGGCUUGUCCAUCGCUAAAUCCCUAUUCCUUUGCAUGCCAAAACCAAUUUGGCUCUCCCUUGUUAGAUCUCUCUAGUAUGUCCUAGAAACUGAAGCAUGGUGGCUACAAAUCCUGAAUGCCAUGUUCUAUCCAAUAGAAAAAAGGAUAAGCAUUGGUAAUGACCCAAUCAAACAGUCAAAAUGCACAAAAACAUAGGAAGUUUAGACAUAGGAAAAAUUUAUUAGUUCAGAAAGACCCAAAGAUCUAGUGGGUGGCAAGCUUACUGGGUCAAACAAACAGCUCUAUGUUUUUAGACAUUCUGAUUAGUGCUUUAAAUACAAAUCAUAUAUUGAACUCAGCUCAUCAUUUAAAUGAGUCGGCUCAUUUACUCAAUUGGAUGAUGCAUGAUGCUAAACAUAUACUCAAAAAAAUGAAAAAAUUUGGAAAAGAAAAAAAAGGUUACCUCAAAACUAGAAGUAUUUUUCUGUUGGUGAACUUUGAAGAAAGGAGAAUAAGCCUUUUCAAUAUGCUUUAAUUUCCAAGUAACUGUAUCAAUCACGUAAAAAUUCCAACAAAUGGAGAAAAAAACAGCAAUUCAAAACUAACCAAUGAUAUUGCAAAUGCAUUAAACUAACCUCUAAGCUAAGCAGGCUCACAUGGCAAAAAUUAUACAUGCAUAUGGGAAGGGAGGGGACGGUGUUGUUGGUUCAGUGUGGAAGGAGUAGAUCUAAGGACCACAUGACCUUCUUCAUCCUCUCUUUACAUUUUUCUCCAAGUCUCACCUGUUUUGAGGUGAACAUUUUGGUUUUGGAGGAGGCUAUUAUCUUCUCAUUUUUCUUUUUCCACUAAUGAGACCCAAUAACACAAGUAAAGUCACUUUAAAUUUUUUUCCUCUCCUUAUGCCCUACAAACUGCAAUUUUAAGCUUCUUUACUGAAAGGUAAAGUGAGGUAUCAUAAUUCUAAGCAAAGUCUUAGCCCUAACUCAUUGGAACCUUAAAUGUGUGUUUCUUAAAUUUUUUAUUUUUCCUUCACUAUUGAUGCUUUCUUAUAAAUGAGAGUAUGCUUUUAUGACAGGUAAGGGAAAUUUCACACCCUUAUUAUAAGCUCACUUUUUUUUUCUUUAUUAAUUUUGAAAAUAAGUCUUGACUAAGUGAAAAAUUUAACAGAAUUUAUGCUUUACACUUAUACUUAUUCUAUGAAUGAGAACAAAAAUGUUAUACAAAGGGGCAAAAAUCGGUUGUGUUCAUGUCCAAUUCAUGUUAUGUCAGUUAUUAAAAAUGGCUCAACCUAGGUAAAACUCCUUCAUAACUGAAGCAAAUCUUUUGACAUUAUUAAACUAGCUUAAUAUAUCAAACUCAUUUAAGCUUGUUUCAAUAUGGUUCUUAUUUGUAGGAGGCCAACCAUAUUGGUGAGUUGUUUAGUAGUCUGAGGUAAGAGUGGAGUAGAGUAAGAGGUGAGAAAGAAAAGAAUGGCAGUGGAAUCAAAGAGAGAACCUAAAAAAGUAGGAAAAACAUUUUUUAUUUUUUAUUUUUUGUUUGGUAGGAAAUGGAACCUUCUUAUAGUGCUCCAAAAUAGUAACUCUCAUGUUAAUGGAUCAAUUAUUACAUAGAACAUUUUGGGGAUGACAUGUGUCAUAAAGAUACACCGGUCCCUUAUCUCUAAUUUUGGUCAAGAUAAGUUUGAUAUUUGUUAAUCCAACCUCGGUAAACCUCUAGACACCAAACCAAGACCCUUAAACUAGUCCAAAAGUGCUCAAUGAUUGGAAGGUUGAUUCCACCAUUGAGAUGCACCAAAUUCAUUUUAUGAGCCCUAUUCCAAACUCAGACAAACAUAUAAGCAUCACAGCGCUAUGUCAAGGAUGAAAUUUUGAGGGAGAUGUAGCAAAUCAUCUAGCUACAAAUAUUAUGGAGGAAGUAUCCUUCCUAUAGCAGGGAUGAAACAAUCAACCUUCUCUGGUGCACGUAGUGUCUCCUUCACCAAGGAGUAUAGUAAUAGAGACCCCCAUCCACCAUAGGUGAGCAUCCAUAUUCUGUGGGCAUCUGGGUAGCUCAGGAAUAUAUUUGGAGGUACGAGAGACCAGAUGAUAUAACAUUAUGGCAUAGGAACUAUGUAAGGAGAAUAUGGAUUUGUCCAUACAUUGGAGAUCAAAGGUGAGAUACGUUACAUGUCAUGUUAGUGGAGAGUGAUCUUGAGCAUGUUUUACUACAUACUAAGACACAUGAUGUUCUGUAAUCGAUCAUGUUAUGAUGGAGCUCACAUUGGAUAUAUUAGACACAUGGUAAGUUGUGUCCAUGUGGAUUUUGCUAGAUAGGACAUCAACAAGCUAUAGCCUUAAUUUUAUCUCAUGAGCAACCUUCUUUUAGACUUGCAUGUGGGCUUAAUAAAUUGGAAGAAAUAAGCACGUGAUGAGGUUCAAACUCAUGACUUCCAAAUAACUACGGAUCUAAUACAAUGUGAAGCUAUCAAUUGACCUAAAAACUUAAAUUGUUAGGUAGUAGGUCAAUAAUAUAUAUAAAACUUAUUUGGGUUGCAAUUCUAACGAACAAAAUACUACAUGUUUGUUAUAUAGAUAACAAAAUACGAUCUCUAUAAACAUAACAAACGGUUGGAUUGGGUUUGGUUUACAUAACUUGUUAAAUUAUAUGUUAAUUAGACAUUAUUGUAACUUAAUCAUGACCCAUUUAACAUGUUCAACAAUCUAAACACAUAGAAAUUACAAUUGAAAAUGUUUUCUCAAUUAACUUAUUAUAAAAACAUAAUAAAAUUAACGUGACUUACUAAUACAAUUCUUUUUUAAAAGAAUAUAGAAAUUAUAUGGUUAAAUGGAUCAUACAAUUGAGCAAUAAUCAUGUUAAUAUGACACCAUUGUUAAAAGGGUCCAUGUAUAGGUUGAAUCAUAACUAAUUAAAUAUGUUAAAUAGGUUGAAACCUCUAAUGUGAAUAUGAUCCAUUUAACAAAGGAUUGGGCAAAUUGCUACAAGUGCAAUUAGAUUGAUAGGGAUGAAUCUUCAAUAUUUAUUCACAAAACAAAAAAAAAAGAAAUGGAAGAAAAAGGAAGAUACUAGAAUUUGGGAAGUUUCCAAAUUUCUCCUAAAAAGAAGUUUCUAAACUUUAACAGAAAAGUCUUUUUUACUUGAGUCAUUUUUAUAAUCUACAAAUCUUUUUUAUUAGAAAGUUUUAUUACAAGAUAAAGUUUAAGUUUAUAAUUCUAAAAAGAAGGUUUUUAUUUUUCCUUUUAAUUUUAUUAUAUUUGGAAGAAAUAAGAGCUUUGAUAAGUUAUUAUGUAAAGGUUUUGUUUGUUUGUUCAUAGUUUUAUUGGGGUAUUAGCUUUUUCUAAAGCCUAUAGAUAGGGCUAACUACUCUAUCCCGAAUCAUCCAUAUUUUUCAAAAGACUAAGAACGGUAAAUAAAAAAAGUCAAAUCACACCAUUUUUGUAAUAGGUAAAAUGCCUCUAAUCAACUUUAUGAGAUAGAGAAAAGGACGACUCUAUCUCCAUCAAAACUUGACCGAUCUAAUCUAGUGGACAGGGAACUACUUGUUGGGUACAGAGUCAAUUUGAGGAAUAGAAGAGCAAACGGCAAACGGUUUGGUUUGAUUUUUUAUAGUUUUGUUGAGGUUUUUAGCUUUUCCUAAAGCCUAUAGAUAGGGCCAACUGCUAUAAAACAAGUUUAAUGAAUAAAUGCUGAAUAAUACAAAUUUAUCUACAUACUUUACAAUUUAUAUAUAUAUAUAUAUUAUUUUCAAUGAUGAGACUUUAUUGUUUUUCUUCUAAGUGAGCCUCGUAGAAGUCCUUAGUGAGAUUAGAAGAUUUCCUAUUUUUCUCUUCUUUACCUUGUUCUUUUUUCUCUCUUUCAUUUUACUUUUCCUUGUUGACAUAAUUUUGUUCUCCAUUCUCUUCAUAAAUCUUAAACGAUCAAAGCUAUAGCCCACCUUAUUUAAUUGUAGGCAACCAUCCUAGGGUUGUCCUACAUCAUAAAUCCAACCCAGAUCCGCUAAUUUAAUUGAUAUUAUUUUCUAAGUCACCUUUGCAGGUUGUGUGAAGUAUUAUUGGCUGUAGUUGUUGUUACAUAUUUUGUCCAACAUUGCUUUAUUUUGUUGCCUUAAGAAUUCAAUUUUCAUUUAUUAUUAGGGAUUUAUAUCAUUGAUUAAUAUCAAAUUCCAUAUUUGCCUCUACUAUUGACCUACCUUCUCCCCUUUGUAGAGAGAUUCUUUGUAUUAAUUGUAAUCCGUGAAGUUGACCAUGUACUUAUAUAUAUAUAUAUAUUAUAUAUAAAGGAAUGGGGAGGGUUUGUGGGAGGUUCUAGGUUCAAGUCCCAAUGGGGACAAAAACUUACCUAUCAAAAUAGAAAAUAUAUAAAUAUAUAUAAUUCUGGUAAUGAAAUAUCACAUCACAAUAUUCCAAAUACAAUAUUUCUUCAUAUGGUGUCAGAACAUUUUCUUCUUUCUGCCAGUUGACACUUUGCUGUCAUUUACUUACUUUGGUAGUUCUGCAACUCCAGAUUCAUCUGUGGUAAAAAGGGAUUUAUUUUUUUCAUCUUCGUCUUCCAUGUUCAUCAAUCACAGUAGAUAUCUACGCAACUGUUGAUAUUAAUCAUCCAUUUCAUCUGCAUCAUUCUGAUAAUUUAGGUUCUAAUCUUGUUUCUCAACCAUUGAUUGGUGAAAAUUAUUUAACAUGGGACAGAGCCAUGAUUAUGGCUCUAAGUGCCAAGAACAAAAUUGGGUUUAUUCAUGGAUCAAUAAAUAAACGAGUAGAGAUGAAUAGUUGAAUGUCAAUCAAUGGGUUCACAGUAAUAACAUAGUGAACUCUUGGAUCUUUCCAAGGAGUUACCCAGCUGAGUGAUUUAUGGAGAAUGUGCUUACAAAUUUAGUCUGAUCUUAAAGGAAUAUUUUUCUCAACUUGAUGCUCCUUGUCAUUUUGAAAUAGAAAAGGCAAUUAUAUCUUUAAGACAAGAUCAAUUACGUGUUACUAGUUAUUAUACUAAACCUAAAGUUUUAUGCAAUGAACUAACAAAUCUACAGGUUUUUCCCAUUUGUUCUUUGUAAUUCCUAAUGGGUCUUCAUGACUCAUAUUUGGUAAUCCAUGUACAAAUUUUGUUAAUGGAUUCUUUUCCAUUAGUUAAAUGUGCACAUUCUCUUAUUUUGCAAGAAAAGAGAUAAUGAAAUAUUGCCCCAACUGAGCAUUCAAGCAUUUA